CCUGGGGGACCAUUCCCGGAGACAGGGGCCUGACGGUGAGUGCCGUCUGUGGGCCCGACUCCUGCUACACCGCUCACCUGGAGCGCAGGGCGUUCAGUGAGGCGUGGCGAGCCUGCCGGGAGCGAGGGGGCAACCUGGCCAGCAUCCGGAGGAGCCGGGAGGCCAGGCUGGUGGAGGAGCUGCUGGAGGGGCUCCCCGGGGAGUUGGCGCAGGGGCCCCUGAAGCUCUGGCUGGGACUGCAACGCCAACCGCGGCAAUGUGCCCCCCACAAGGCCCUGCGUGGCUUCACCUGGAUGACCGGAGACCAGGACACCUCCUACAGCAACUGGCUCCGGGAGGAGGUGCCAGGAUCGUGCCCGGCCAGCCGCUGCGUGGUGGUCAGCUAUGCCGCGGACUCCGGCCACACCAACCACAAGUGGCUGGACGGAUCCUGCCGCCUGGCGGUGGACGGUUACCUGUGCCGAUUCUCCUCCCCCAGGGGCAUGUGCCCAGGCCUGGACGGGCACGGGCCCGUCUACAGCACCCCGUUCGGCGUCACCGCCCCGGCACUCCGGCACGUCCCCUUCGGCUCCGUGGCCACCCUGAGGUGCCCCGGGGGUGCCACCCAGUCCCUGCUGUGCAUGGCGCGGGAGGAGGCAGCACUGCCAGGGGUCGGCCGGGGGGUGGGCUGGUCCAGGGAGCCCCCCUUCUGCCAGGAGGAAGGGGCGCCGGGCUGGUGCGCCGGGGGGGCGAACGGGGGUUGCCAACACACCUGCGUGGACGAGGGCGCCUUCUACCACUGCCAGUGCCGGGACGGUUACCAGCUGGGGGAGGACGGGCGCUCCUGCUCCCCCCUGGAGCCCUGCCCGGGCGGGUUGGCCGAGGACGGGCAGUGCCUGGACGCAGGAGAGUGCCGGGGGGCAGGGUGCCGCGGGACGGGCGUCUGCGAUGACCCCCGGGGUUGCCCGUGCCCCGAGGGUUACCGGCUGGAGGGGGGUGAGUGUGUGGACGUGGACGAGUGCCAGCACAGGCCCUGCUCCCAGCUCUGCGCCAACGCCGAGGGCACCUACCUGUGCUACUGUCGGGUGGGCUUCACCCUGUCAGAGGACGACGGCACCAGCUGCCUGGACGUGGACGAGUGCCAGUACCAGGGGGCGUGCCAGCAGGUCUGCAUCAACUACCCGGGGCGCUACCAGUGCCACUGUGAGGAGGGCUACGGCCUGGAGCCUGACGGUUACUCCUGCCGCCCCCUUCGUCCUCACCUCCCAGCGCCUCGGAGGGACUGGGGAGCUCCCACCACCACCGGCCCCUGGAAACGACGCCCGGGCACUGCCACCGCCACCAGGGGGCCACGUCCCGUAACACCGCCACUCCCGCCCCCGCGCCAGGAUGGGGAGGAGCCCCUACCGAGAGCCAGGGCACCCCCGCAGGUCCCUCCGCAACCCC